UGUUCUAUAUUAUUAUUGUUUAUUUCAAUCAAUUUUCUUUUAUCAUUCAAAUAAAUCGUGCUACAGACCUUGAAUCAUUUUACAUUUAUUUAGGUUGUUAGGUUGAUUGAUAAUCAUCUGUGUUUAGAUUAGAUCAUUGUCAUUGCCAAUAAAAUUUUGUUUUUCCCACUUUAAAUCUAUUUUAGUUUAUCUAAUAUAAAGAUUGUAAAUCUCGUGUUUGUUGUACAGAUUUUCAGAUGUACCCUAAAAUAGGGCACAACUACCGAAACGAAGAUAUUUUUUUCCUUAAAGUAAUAACUAUUUAAAAUAAGACUAUUUAUCGACAUUCUUUAUUGUAAGACACACGUCUUAUUGUCGCGUUUUAAUGUGUAUUUUUUUUUCAAUUAAAAUCGUGUUGGAAAAGUUGAUCCACAUCAUUCAUUCAUUUGGCAACGCUAUUAACGGUAUCAAUUUGUUAUUUGUGAAAUAGUUUAUUUGUUUUAUCAAUCAGCAAAACUUGAAAUAAAAAAAAAAUGCCAUUACCACCACCAAGUGAAGCAAUAUUGAAAAAAAUUGAACGUCUUCGUGCUCGAUUCGAAAAAGAAUUGGAAACAAACAGUCAUCUUUACCAUCCUAUUGAUAUUGAACGUGUACGUACUGAAGAAUGGCAAGUGGAACGUUUUGCUGCCGAUGAUAUUUAUGAAUUGGAUAACGAUGAUGGCCCGUUUAAAGCAAUGUGUGAAGCAUUACAAUGGAAAAAAACAUUAAAUGUACAUGAACGAACCGAAAAAUCAUUUCCAAAAGAAUUUUAUGAAUUAAUUGAAGUAGAAAUCAAUGGUCGUGAUAAUGAAGGUCAUCUAAUUCAAUGGGAAGCAACACGUAAUCAACGAAAAUUUAAAGAAUUAGAAGUGCUUACAAGAGAAUUUAUGGCAUUCAGUUUGGAACGAUUAGAUCGUGCUGCCGGACGUGAUGGUUUUGUCUAUGUAACCGAUAAUGGCGGUGCCGGUUUGGCCAAUGUCGAUAUGGAUAUGAAUAAAUUCAAAAUCUCAGCAAUCGAACAUUAUCCGGGUGGUAUGCGAAAAAUGUAUGUAGUUGAUUUGCCAUGGCUUUUGAAUGGUAUCAUGUCAAUGAUAUUGGCAUUUAUGAGUCCAAGACUUCGUGCUUUGGUUCAUUAUUGCAAGAAAACUGAUUUGCCUAAAUUCAUGGAUGUUAAACAUAUUUCAUUACGAUUGAAUGGUACACGUGAUAAACAUGCCUAUCCAUCCGAUACACGUCGAUUGGAAGAGAUGACCGAAUUAGGAUUGGAUGAAAAAUUUCUUGAUUCUUUUUACAAAACAUACAAACUAAAACGUACAAUGGCUAAAUGAUCGAAUUUCGCGCAUAUCAACCGCAUACAUCAACACGUGGUCCACUAACAAUUACCUGACCAUUAACACACAAAAAACACAAAUUCUACACUUCC